GGUGCGCACAUCUCGAUGCGGAAUCAGUUCGCUGGCCAAGAUCAAUCAGUUGGUAUCGGUCAGCAGAAUCGUUUAGAGGGCGCCCGGUUGCCGUCAAUUAGUUUUGUCACACAAGUUUGCAGUUUGGCUCGCCAACAUGAGGCAUAAAACGAAAGCGUACAUCACAACGGUGGUGGAUCCGGAAAAUCUACAACGAACUCCGACGCAGCAUCCACAGCCGAUCCCUUCGAUUGAUCUGACCAUGACCUUGAACAAGUUCAGCGGCUACAUCGAGCAUGGCUCGAUCGAGGAAAUACAACAGAUCAACGGCCUCAAACGGUCAGAUUCAUCGAAAAAAACCAAAGACUCGACUACCUUGUCCAACAUGUGGAUUCCCAGGUCCCAAUCGGUGGGCCUCGCCAUCACCUUCCUGCUUCUCUGGGGAGUAGCCUUCUCGGUUCUUCCCGGUGACCUGACCCACCCGGACUCAGCGCUGUUGCGGUUUUGCUUCCUGUUCAUCGGGGCGUACAUCGCCGGCGAGCUGACCAUGGCGUGCGACCUGUCGGAAAUGGUUGGGGCGUUCUUUUUCGGAGUUUUGUACGCCAACCUGGGGUUGGCGGAUUUCCGCGGCUAUACCAAGCUGGAGGGAUUUCUGGGCGACAUGACCGUCGUAGGGAUUCUGCUCUGUGCCGGGCAGGGCACCGAGUACGAGGCGCUCAAAAUGCAGGGUCGGUUCAUCGUGCAGCUGGCCGUGUUCCCAUCGGUCGUAGAGGUGUCCAUCGUGGCCGCCAUGUCCCACUUUCUGCUGGAGCUGCCCUGGCUGUGGGGUGUCUUGCUAGGGCUCCUUGUGACUGCCAUCUCGCCGAACGUCAUCGUGACGAUGAUGCGACGGCUGGCCGAGCUGAAAAUGGGCACCGAAAAGGGGCUGAGGACGAUCAUGAUCAACACGACGGCCCUCAACGAUAUCAUUGUGAUCUACUUGUUUGUACUUGUCACGGGGGUGUUGUUCUCAACCGAUGACUUGACCACGUUGAUCAUCCAGGGUCCAAUCGGCAUGGCGAUUGGUCUUUGCUACGGCUGUUUCUGUGGAUUAAUGUUACAACAUGUACCUUCCUUCAAAGCGCUCUACUCCAACGGGUUGCGCUUCGCGAUGGUGGCCGCGGCCGGCACGUUGGCCAUCGUGGGCAGCCGCACCAUCGGCUACCCGUCCGCGGGAAACGUCGGCUGCAUCUCGACGGCGUUCGUGGCAUCAGCGCUGUGGAAGCGACGGGCGGACUUUGCCGCGAACGAGGUCAGCCUGUACUCGGGCGUGUUCUGGAAGUUCUGGAAGAUUGUGUCCUUUGCGCUGGUCGGAAAGGAAGUGCGGCUGGAGCUGCUCCAGGACGAGGUGGCGCUGUACGGACUUGUGAUACUGCUUGUGGCCGCUGUGUUUCGACUGCUGUUCUCGUUCCUCUCAACGCUCGGAAGCAAUCUGGACUGGAGGGAGAAGCUGUACGUGACAAUGUCGGGUCUGCCCAAGUCCAUGGUUCCGGCGGCGUUUGGACCGAUGGUGCUCCGGAUGUGCCAAGCCCGGAACAACGCCGAAGAGCUGAGGCUAGCCCACACGAUGAUGGUCGUGUGUGCGGUGGAUAUUCUGCUGACCUUGCCGCUGUCGGCACUGCUCAUGUUCAAGCUGGCGCCCGCGUGGAUUAGGAAAGAUCGAAAAGCUUGAACUUUUUGUAAAUUGUUUUGUUUUUUUAUCUGAAAUUAUUUAAUAAAAAUAUGUUUUUAGAGCUUA